AUGUUGAUUUCAAAAUUAUCUGUAUCGUUAUUGCUAUUACCUUUUACAUUAGCUGCUUUAACUACACAGUUAAUAACCACUACUAAUAUUGCAGGUGCAACAGUCACUAGAUCUUCGAUAUAUGAUAACGCUGCUACUAUAGUUACUGAUGCUAAUGGAGUGAUUCAAACUGUCACUACUACUACUGGUGCAGCUACCGCUGCUACCGCCACUGCUGCUACUGCUACAGGUGUGACUACUAGUGUUUAUACUAGUACAGAUUUAAAUGGUGUUAUAAUGACAAGAACUACUACGUUGAAUGCAGGAUCUUUAACAAGUUCAUCUAGUAGUGUAACAGGUACUGCAGGUACUGCAGUUACAACAGGUAUGACAACUAGAACUUAUACUAGCACGGACCCAAAUGGUGUUACUUUAACUAGAACCACUACUUAUGCUUUGAAUUCUGCUACUACAGAUGCAGCUGCAGCUGCAGCCGCAACUGAUACAAGUUCUACAUCAACUACUCAGACAACUACUGGUAGUUAUAUUAAUAAUGGUAGACCAGAUCCUUCAACUUCAAUGACUCCUUAUCCAUUAACCGCUGUAACAACUUUAUCAUUAGAUUCAUUUUAUACUGUUACUCAAGGCACAACAAAAACAUAUACAUCAUUAAGAGCUCAUACUACUAUUUAUGCUACUGUAGUGAUUAGUGGACAAACUAUUGUUCGUUCUACUACGUUUGCCCAAAGAUUUAGUAGUCAAUAUACAGCCGUUGCUGUACCUUCAUCAGGUUCUAUUGGUUUAGGUUCUUUAACUGGUACUAUUGGUGUUGUUAAGACUAAUAUGAAAACAACAAUUAAAUAUAAUAAUGGUUCAUCAUUGAAUCCUGGAUUUACUACAUUAUUUGGUUUAUUCACAUUAUUUAUUUCAUGUUUGAUUUAA